AAAAGCCCACUUUUGAUGAGAGCUUCCAGGAAAAGUGGAGCCGGCCGAUAUAAAAGCAGCACACUCAGCACAUGCAACUCUCAGAAUCCUCUCCUCCUCAGAUGUGCUGAGACCAAAGAAAUACUAAGAGUCUUCAGUAGGUUAUCACACAUACAACUUAAAAUGAAGUUCUGCUUUGGAUUACUUCAGAACUGUGGAUCUAAGUCCUCAUGGAUCAGCUUGACCUUUCUUUGCUCAAUGCUUUGCAUGUGGACUAGUGUAGAGAGCUGGUCCUACUACUACUCUAACACCACCAUGAAUUGGCCGCAAGCUAGAGCCUGGUGCCAGAAGCACUACACAGACAUGGUGGCCAUCCAGAACCAGGAGGAGAUCGGGCAUCUCAACAGCUGGCUGCCCAAGAAACCCACUUACUACUGGAUCGGGAUCCGCAAGGUCAAUAAUAUCUGGACCUGGGUAGGAACCAACAAGGCUCUGACAGCAGAAGCAACCAACUGGGCACCGGGCGAACCAAACAAUGGCAAAAAGAGACAGAGUGUGGGGGCGAAUGAGGACUGUGUGGAGAUGUACAUUAAAAGCGAUAAGCAUCCAGGCAAAUGGAAUGAUGAGAGGUGCGGGAAGUUGAAGACCGCUCUGUGCUACACAGCUGCCUGUAAGAACGACUCAUGCCGCUAUGGAGACUGUGUAGAAACCAUCAAUAGCCACAAGUGUGCUUGCUUUGAAGGCUUUUAUGGAGAGGGGUGUGAGCACGUUGUCAAGUGUAACGAGGAGCAGGUGACCGUUCCAUAUAAAGGAAGUGUGAAUUGCACUCACAAGCAUGGAAACUUCUCCUACGACUCCUUGUGCCAGUAUUCCUGCGAGGAAGGAUACCAGCUGAGUAUGUCAAGACCCUUGACAUGCACUGCCUCAACACAGUGGUCAGAGCGGCCACCUACAUGUGAAUUGGUCCAGUGUCAGGAGCUGUCUAGUCCAGCAAGAGGAUCCAUGAAGUGCUCCAAUCCUCUGGGCCCCUCCAGCUACCAGUCCACCUGUGUGUUUACCUGUGAUGAAGGCUAUGUACUUGCUGAUUCCCCGUCUAACACUCUGCAAUGUAAAGCGUCAGGAUUUUGGAAUGCCUCCCAGCCGCUUUGUGUUGCUGUCCAGUGUCCUGCUCUCCCCAAGCUAGACAAUGGCACUGUCAGCUGUGGAGACGAUGCAGAUGUGAGGUUUAGCUACGGAAACACCUGCAGCGUCAGCUGUGCCCCUGGCUACCACCUGGUGGGACCGAGCAGGGUGACAUGCACAUCAGCAGCUGAGUGGAGUGAGAGUAUGCCUCGCUGUGAAGCCAUCACAUGCCAGAAACCAGAGGGAGAAGCUCACCUCAUCACCCAGUGCAGCCGACCUUCAACCGAACUGCGGCCAGACUCCACCUGCAGCUUCAGCUGUAAAGCAGGCUUUGAACUGCAGGGAGCGCACACCACUCAGUGCUCUGAGGACGGACAGUGGAGUAAAGCCAUACCUACCUGCAAAGUGGUACAGUGCAACAGUUUAAAGGCUCCACCCAAUGCCUUCAUGCAAUGUCAGGACCCUCGAGGAGUGUACAGCUAUGGCUCAAUAUGUUCCGUGCUAUGUGAAGAAGGAUUUGAUCUGAUUGGCACAAACAUGACGAAAUGUUCUUCUGAGGGAAACUGGAGUCAUGCACUUCCUGUUUGCCAGGCUAAGUGGUGUGAACCAAUAAAUCCUCCUCAUGGCUCCCUAUCCUGUUCUGACCCAAAUGGUUCCUUCAGUUUUGGUUCUCUGUGCACUACAACCUGUGAUGAGGGCUUUCUACUGAAUGGAACAGACAGCACUGAGUGCACCUCCCUGGGCAUGUGGAGCGCAGACAUACCACAUUGUCUUGCUAAGAGAUGUCCCACUGUGAACUCCUUCUCUCAUGGCUCCUUAGUGUGCUCUGACCCUCAUGGAGAGUUCAGUUUUGGUUCUCGGUGUACAUCAACCUGUGAGGAGGGUUUUCUCCUGAAUGGGACGGCUGACACGCAGUGCACCUCUCUGGGCACAUGGAGCACAGACAUCCCUCGUUGCAAUGCUAAAAGAUGUCCCGCUUUGAGCACUCCCUCAAAUGGCUCUCUAGUUUGCUCUGAUCCUCAUGGAGAGUUCAGUUUUGGAUCUCAGUGCAAGUCAACAUGUGAGGAGGGCUUUCUCCUGAAUGGGACAGCUGACACAGAGUGCACCUCUCUGGGCAUGUGGAGCGCAGACAUCCCAGGUUGCUUGGCUAAAAGAUGUUCAACCCUGAGCUCUCCCUCUCAUGGCUCCUUAGUCUGCUCUGACCCUCAUGGAGAGUUCAGUUUUGGUUCUCGGUGUACAUCAACCUGUGAGGAGGGUUUUCUCCUGAAUGGGACAGCUGACACCGAGUGCACUUCUCUGGGCAUGUGGAGCACAGACACCCCUCGUUGCUUGGCACAGCCAUGCCCCCUACUGGCCAAGGCUCCACAAAAUGGGAGGAUGAACUGCAGCCAUCCAUACUCCUCUUUCAGCUUUGGCUCCCACUGUGACUUUGAGUGUGAUGAGGGCUUCUGGCUGAGAGGAACACAGACUAUGACAUGCAACAACUCAGGCCACUGGAGUCAAGAUCUACCCACCUGCCAGCCUGUACAGUGCGAGUCCAUUCGUGCCUUGUCUUUAUCCCUGUCUAUGAACUGCUCCCAUCCUCUGGGAAACUUUAGCUUUGGCUCCCAGUGUCUUUUCACCUGUGAGGAGGGAUUCUACCUGAAUGGCACAAAUGUGCUGCUUUGCUCCUCCACUGGGUUCUGGAGUACCAGCCUGCCUACCUGCACAGGUAUGCCAGUGGGGUGGACUGCCAUGCUGCUGUCUCCAGGUUUAAGAGCAGUUUAUGUUGUCGUGCUGCUUGUCCUGAUAGGACUGGCUGUGGUGAUUAUAAUGCGAUUUAAGAAAAAAGGAAAUACAAUCAUGGAACAGCAUGCACCAGCAUGGGGAGACAGAGAGAAUCCAGCAUUUGAUUUUAAGACUUGAUUUUUGCAGCAAAUAAUUUAAAAAUACUGCACCCAAACGGUUGCUGUUAUUAUAUGAAGCUUGGUAGUUGUUGUGGUAUGAUACUGGUAAGAAAAGAAUACAGUAGGAUUAGAGCUUCACUGUAACUGAUUUUAAUGCACAUUUUGCAUGAAAACUGUUACCUUUUGUUAUUAAAGUCAUAAAGCAAAGUUUGUGUGCUGCUUUUGCUGUGUCCUGCUUGUGUAUUGCUUGAUUGUCAAUAAACUAUCAACAAUUCUUAAA